UAAAUAUUUCUCUGGUAACUUGCGAAUACAUGAACUUACAUUGUAACACUUGAUUACUAUGUAAUUUAAUGUAAUAAUUAUUAUUUUAAUUUGAAAAAAAAAUAUUUUAAGAGAUUUUGAACGAUACACGUGUUCGAGAAAUAUACUGUUAAUUCAUUAUACACUCAAAAAUGCUUUGAGGAAAUGAUUUUAAUAUUAAGUACUGAAUUAAAUGAUAAAGUGUUAAAAAAAUAAAACAAGAGAAACCGGCGACCUUUUACAUACAAAUAUUAUAUGCGCGUAUUGACAACAAAAUAUACUUCAAACAUUUCAUAAAAUGGGAUGCAAUGUGAGUGUACUGGACGGAGGUACACGUGGCAGGGCUUCCAAGGCAGGUAGUCUUAGCAAGAAAUGUUCGGUGAACGUGCAAAACUCCAUCGUAACGAAAGGUGACAAGUUCGACGCCCGUAUCCCACUAACUGUGAGACAGAAAUUCAAUAUUAUGAAAUCGUGGAAAGGAAUUGCAAGAAAUAUGUCGGAUACUGGGAUUCUAAUGUUUUUGAGAUUAUUUGAGACUAACGAAGAAGUGCGCUCCAUGUUCACGAAGCUCGUGCAUGGCGGUAAAUAUGAUUUCGUGGAAUUACGGGAAAGUAAAGAACUGGAGAAUCACGUGAAACAAGUGAUGUACACGUUAGACGAGGCGAUAUCUUCACUAGAUGACGUCGAUGGUGUCGUUAAAUUGCUGCAUGCUGUUGGAAACAGUCACAGACGUUUACAAAGUAGGGGAUUUAACCCUGCAAUUUUCUGGAAAAUAGAAGAACCUUUUCUGAUAGCGGUCAAAGAGACGCUUGGAGACAGGUACACGGCGAACAUGGAGCACAUUUACCAAAAGACCAUCAAGUUUAUUCUCGAGACAUUGAUAGAAGGUUUCGGCUUUGACGUUUCUAUGUUCGACACCGAAACUCCUUGAUCACAUCAUUCCCCAUAUAUCUCAUAUAUGUAUAAGUGAAAUACAUGUACAUAUCGUGCAUUACGAUUAUCACGUGACCGCAUAUGGUAUCAGUUGUCACGUGAUAGCGUGGAACACAAUCGCAACUUUUCGGACUUUUCCGUCAGUUUUCGGAUAAGGACAAUGAAUUAUGGCGUGGUGUUCCGAAUAUUCACGUUAGCUUAUAAAUUUGUCACGAGAGCAUGCAAGUCAUCACAUGUGUAAUGAAUUUUAUCAUAAGAAUGUGGGUCGUCACAUGGAUACAUGUUUAUCACUAAGCCAUGUGCAAAACACUUAUAACGUGAGCAUAUAAUUUCAUCAUGAGAACAUGCAAGUCGUCAUGUGAGUACGUUUUUUUGAUUACAUGAGCAUGUGCACAGCAUUUACCGGCAUCACGUGAGCAUGUGAAGUUUAAAAAAGAGCUUGACUCUGACCGUGAGAUGAUGUGAAAUUAGACUGACACUUGUUUGUCUUUAACGUAGCUUCCAAUAUUUUUCAGGGACAUGCGUCGAACGUUUAAUAUUUGUUUACAUUGGAUUAUUUGCAUAACAUUUUCUUUUACGUAUUAUUUGUUCAUUCUUUGUGCAGACGACUAACACCAAGGACUUGAUGUGGCCAAUGUUGUACAGCAGAAGAAAGAUGCAUUUCGUGUAGCUACCAUUCUUAGUCGAAAAUUGUAAAUACAUGUACUCGUAUAUCAUUCCGAUGCAUUUUACAUGCCAUUCAAAAUGCUAAACUAUUUUUUUUUCGGAUUGUUUACAGCCGACGUUAGUGAAUUUUGACUUGCAUUAUUUCGAAGCAUAAAAUUGUAAAUAUUUUUCUUUGUUGACUGUUAUGAGCGUAAACCGCACUGUGUGUAUCGCAUGUUAUAUACAUGUAUAUGCUGAUUAAAAGA